AUGUCGAACAUUUGCCAACGGUACAUCAGGCGGCACUAUGAAGAGAAGGCUGGAGGCUCCUACAUGAAGAGUAAUGAUGAUCUUUCAGAUGUAAGUGACGACGAUGACGCAAUUUGUCUGGAAUGUACCGAAUCCUAUUCUGCCAGUAAACCUGGUGAAGAGUGGGUCCAGUGCAUUACGUAUUUGGUAAGGGACAACAGACGAUUUCUGAAGUACAGGUGCUACGAGUGUCUAUGGGCAGCGCUGAAUGCUUACCAUCAGUUGCUGAACACGUUGUCAUCGGAUUUGGAGGAUAUGCUAACUGAACUGUACGAGGAGAAUAUAUCCAGGUCCGCAAACGAGCAGUCAGAUUACCUGAUGGUAUACUUUAGCCAUGCUUCGGCACGAAUGGGUCGGCUCGACCGGAGUGAUACCACGGCCUCACAGAAGACCGGCGUGAAACAUCCACAGCGUUGUGUUUCGCCGUGUGAGUGA